GUAGAUCUUCAGGUACAGCUUCGAAACCAUUCCGAUGAAUUUCUACGCCCAGUCUGCUCAGAAAGCUGGCAGACGCUUCAUCAAUGGGCCGAAAUAUUCCUGUUCCUCUUGUACUCGACGGCUCUACAGCAGCGGUGCCGUAAAAGAGAAUGAUAUUGUGCUGUUGAAGCAUAGGUCCAGCUCAUCUGCUCCUAUUAUCACCAACCCAUUAAAACCGGGCGGGAAAGUUAACCUCGUCCUUGACAGCAUCAAUCAUGAGGACAUCAUUGGGAAAGCAAAACGAGAGGUGGUCGUUUCGAGGAAGAGAGUACUGUACAGAAUUCACGAACCGACGCUUGCUGAAUAUACGGAUAAUUCACCACGAUUAGUUACUCCGAUUUAUUCUCAGGAUGCGAACCUUAUUGUCUCACUUCUCGAUAUCAAUCCAGUCCCGCCCGGUUCACAAUCCGCUGGGGAAGACAAGUUGGAAAUAUUUGAAGCAGGGACUGGACAUGGUGCCUUGACACUUCACCUUGCCAGAGCCAUACAUGCAGCAAAUGCUCCUCUGCCUAUGCUUCCCGAGGCUGCACUUGAAUCGGAAAGUCUAGACAUGGGAUUCAAGCGGGUGAAACUCGACACUCAGGAAGACACACAAUCACAAGAGCAGAAAGAAGUCAAGCUGGCUUACGAGGAGUGGCGUUCGAAACGGCGUGCAGUCAUUCAUACUCUCGACACCUCAGAGAAACAUUCGGCACACGCUGAGAUGGUGGUCAGAAACUUCCGGAAAGGUCUCUACUUUCCACAUAUCGAUUUUCAUGUUGGCAAGAUAGAAGAUUACCUAUCUCCCCGACUUAUUGAGAAUGGCCAGCAACCAUUCUUAGAUCAUGCAAUCCUUGAUCUUCCAGGAACACAUGACUAUCUCGACAUUGUGGGGAAAGCGUUGAAACCUGACGGAUCAUUGCUCGUCUUUUGCCCGAGUAUUACUCAAAUUAUUGACUGUAUCAAGCAUGUCAAGGAGAGAAGACUUCCAUUCUUCUUGGAGCAAACGGUGGAAGUUGGCGGAGCUGUAGGUGUUGGUGGUAGAGAAUGGGAUGUCAGAAGAGUCAAACCAAGAGCAUUAUUGAAGGCUGAGGGAGAAGAGUCUCCGGAAUCAGUCCCAGAGAGCGGAGAUGAUGAAGGAUGGCAGAUAGUGUGUCGUCCAAAGGUUGGAGUAAGGAUCAGUGGUGGUGGAUUUGUUGGACAUUUCCGUAAAAUAGUCGAGUUUCCAGCCCGUAAUGUAAAAUAA